CCCCCCCCCUUUGAUCCCGCCCCUGAAGUGGUCACAGUCUAUCAGGUGACGUCUCUGUGUUUCUGCAGGUGCGAAACGAAGUGCUGCAUUUGGUGCAAUAGGAGCUGCAGCAGAGAAAAUAUACAGUGAAAGAUGGCCUCUGCCACAGACGCGCGCUACGGGCAGAAGGAGUCGUCCGACCAGAACUUCGACUACAUGUUCAAGAUCCUGAUCAUCGGCAACAGCAGCGUGGGCAAGACCAGCUUCCUGUUCCGCUACGCCGACGACUCCUUCACCCCGGCCUUCGUCAGCACCGUGGGCAUCGACUUCAAGGUCAAGACCAUCUACAGGAACGACAAGAGGAUCAAGCUGCAGAUCUGGGACACCGCAGGGCAGGAGCGGUACCGGACCAUCACCACGGCCUACUACAGAGGAGCCAUGGGCUUCAUCCUCAUGUAUGACAUCACCAACGAGGAGUCCUUCAACGCCGUGCAGGACUGGUCCACGCAGAUUAAGACGUACUCCUGGGACAACGCGCAGGUGCUGCUGGUGGGAAAUAAGUGUGACAUGGAGGACGAGCGGGUGGUGGCAGCGGAGAGGGGUCGGCAGCUGGCGGAUCACCUGGGCUUCGAGUACUUUGAGGCGAGCGCCAAGGACAACAUCAACGUGAAGCAGACGUUCGAGCGGCUGGUGGACAUCAUCUGCGAGAAGAUGUCGGAGAGCCUGGACGCGGCCGACCCCGCGGUCACAGGGGCCAAACAGGGGCCCCAGCUCACCGAGCAGCCGGCUGCCCCACAGCAGGACUGCGCCUGCUAAAGAUCGCCCCGUCCCCCCCCCCCCGUCGCC